AUGUGCUGUGAAAGCGACAAGAAAUGCCAGCAUCUGUCUGCCAUCAGUCCAUUAGAUCCUGUUGCGCCGCCAUUGUUGACUGCUGCAAUCAGCAAGUCUGACUUCCAUCUGGUUGAGGUCUACUGUCUCCUAAGCAACAACAAUGUUGGCAAUCAUUCUUCUGCCGGAGGCUCAGGGCACAACUUCCAUCACACAGGAUCCAGCGGAUCAGGUCACAGGGGAGCAUCCUCGGGAACAAAGCCGACAAACUUUAACUACCAAUCGCUGAAUAGUCACCUGAUCAAUGGAUCCGCUGCGGCAAUAAACAACUCUCCCGUACUGAAUAUUCAGCAGCAGCAUCUGAGUGGUAACAGUGCACCUUCGGAUAUAAAUGGCACACGAAAUUCCUCUGCCUCAUUGUUCUCCUCAUUACUGCCGGCGACGCCGUCGACAUCACAGAAGCCACCUGCCACUCACUCCAAGCGCGAUGCCAAGCAGAGCCCUCAGACAGCGCCAGUUACGCUGGGCUCUGGCAAUCAGUUUUACUUUCAACCUUACCUUCAGAAUCGCGAUUUAAUAAUUCCAGCCACGACAACUGCUGCUUCCAAUUCAGCAACGACAGCGACAAUCACGACCACGCAAAAUCAUUCCUCUGGUAGUUUAGCUUCUCAUUCGUUGGACCACCUUCCAGGCUACAAUCACCCUAUGCUUAAUGUCAGUACAAAAAAUUCUUCCACAGUUCAACCUCAAACUACACAAACAGUACAAUCACCCUCAACAUAUUCUCACUUUAUCUUGUCAAAUGAGCCACAUAAUUUGGCUGAAAACUUUCCACCGGCCCCUCCUCUCCCACCGAAACAUCAGAAAGCUAUCACCGGUUUUACAACAGCCAAACAACCUCUCCCCCAUUUGUCGCUACUAAACCGAAAAGCUCCCCAACCUCGACCAUCACCACCGACUUCUUCUACUGCCUCACAACAGUACAAAGCGCCAUCCGGCUUGUUGAUUGAACGGACGCCAAACAUAUUCGAAAGUUUGGUUGGCCAAAAUGGUCAGUCAAAUCGUGGCCAGUUUCCCCAGACGCCACCUCCAGUUCCUUAUUCUUCUCCAAAGCCCCAACGGAAGACAUCAAAUGAAGACGCGGAGUCUUCUUCCAGUGCCAAAGUACAAAAUCAUCCAAAAUCAUCCUCAGCUAGCUUUCAGCUAGCCAAAUCCAGUUCACAGUCUUCUACAGGAAGCAACCACAGACCGCUGGAGCGAACAGUAGCCAACUCUAUUGGGACAGACUCCAGCUCCAAUUCAUAUCAUAAUAACUCGCCUAGUCUCAAGUUGGUCAGUGGAAACAAUGUUUGUCUUGCCACGGUUUCGGCUGAACCUUCAAGCGACCUACCAUAUCGGCCUCUAGCAGCAGAAGGGACGGAAAUUGUGAACGAGGAGAAUUGCUCGGUGACAGCAUCUUUGACGCCCUCCACUUCGUCUUCCAAUUCGUCAGUGUCUUCAUCGGCCUCUGCAUCCUCAUCAUCCUCGUCACCUUCAUCCUCAUCCUCAUCCUCUUUACCGCCGACACCGCCAGUACGCAAGCGAACUACGGCGCCUCAGCCGGGUGCCUCACACCAGCCAGCGCGAUCAACUCUUGAUGAUACCGGAAAACAAGAUCACACACAAGAGAGUGGUAAAUCAGCGCCGAACCUACUGCCUCCUUCUACCACUACAACGGCUUUUGCAAGUGGCGCCGAUUCGAUUUGUGCCUCUACGUCGAGUUUCUCUGCCACCAGUAGCGAUGCACUACUGCAUAGAGACAAUAUCGAUGAUGUUGGUAAUCAGCAAAGACUACCAACCACUGCUGCGAAUGUCCAAUCGGCUACAAAACCGCAAUUGCCCGACCUUUCAUCAGCUGCCAACAACCCUGCUCGACUCGGCUCGAUGCACAACACUAACUCUUUUGUGAACUGUCCGAAACCCUUGUCUUCACUCUCCGCUGCCAGCAGCAAUCUUGUAAAUUGCCAAGGCUCCACAAAGAUUGCUGUCACCGAACAACAAACCGCAGCCACUGAAGGUAGUGUUAAUGAGUCUCUAUCGAACAGGCGCUCUGGUGUACACUAUAAUCAAGCGGCAGACGACAACGACUACGAAAACAUUAUAUCUGCAGAGACAGAAAGCACAUCUGGUCAGGCUGAUCCAGAUGAUAUUGCAGCUAUCGUGUCGGAAGAAUUCGUAGUCAUUUCUUCCUGCUCGCCAUCUAAUUUGCAGCCACUCUCUGACCACUCGCCACCGAAUGAAUCCUCCUCAAUUUUGUCAUCAUCCUCUUCUAGCUCUUCAUUUGAGCAGCUAUCAAUUGUGAACAGUGGCUCGACGGCGCCUGCUGUGGCUAGCAGUAGCGGCAGUAGUCGACGCCUUUCGCGCCGUCAUCACUCGCACGAGCCAGACCCUGACUAUGACGAGGAAGAUUCUGUUGCUGAAGCAGCUGUUUGUGAUCCAGUUGACUAUAGCGGAAACAACAUGUUGACGCCUUUCACUCAUGAGGUGGUGGUGAAUGGUCAGCCGAAGAGACAGUCAAAGCGUGCUAAUCGCGAUGGCCGUCGUCGUUUUGCGCGUGAAAUCUCCAGUGAAGAAGUUCAGGUUGCGUCGAGCACCAGCAACAAUGCCACUGCAACUAGUCCAACUGAAAACGGACAGGAAAGCCUACUUAAUGAUUGCCAAAAUUUAAUAUCAAGGUUCGAGAGCUCUCUUCUCAUUGGCAACGGUACCGACGAGUGCAGUCCUCUCUCGUUGAACCUCAAUUCGGACCAACACCACCUAACUGAGCAGGCACGCUCGGGCCGACGGCGUAGCAAUCGCCGACGCAACUCCAGUCAUUCCAGUGACGAUGAACUGGCGGCUAUAGUUGACAGCGGAGAAGCAGCGGGCACUGCAGCUGCCUCCAACUGCACCGCCACUACGCCUGCUUCAGGAGGCUCAACGCCCACUACGUCCACUUCGUCUUCCUAUGUGAACGAGGUCUGUCCUAAUGAAGACAUCGAACUGGAUCCGGCACUGCAGAACAACGCCGCCGCCAAUUACCAGCAUAAUUUGGAAGAUAUUGUGGAAGUGUCUGAUAGUGGCAGUGACGACAACGCCGAGGUGCCACCACAGGCCACCCCGCUCAGCGGUCGCUCUCGGGAAGAUCUAGACAAUCACUAUGAUGAUGAUCACCUCUCAUCGUUUGAAUAUCAUAGGCAGUACCUUUCCAGCCAGUCACGGGACAGGAGCGCAUUGCAAAGUAGCAGUUCAAACCUUUCACAUUUUAGUGAAGACGACGACGAUGCUGAUGACGACGAGGCAGACGAGGAGCAGUAUGAAUCAACUAACGAAGAGAAUGACGUUUCGCAAGAUGUCACCGAAGACAAUGUCAAUGUGGACGGCACACAUCGCGGAGAUAACUCCACUGAACAACAGGCCAGUUCUUCUACAUCAACAGCUGACCAUUUGCCUGAAUCGGCAGCCAGCUGUUCAACUUCCAGCAAUGCAAUGACCACUUCGCCAGUGCAUCGACCACUUGAAAGGGUUGGUGUGCAAUCACCGACCGCUGGAGGAAACUUGCCGAAAGAUUUACUUAAAUAUGGACCAGUUGUACUGAGGAAUCGACGUCAUCCAUCUCAUCAACGACGGUCUAACACGGUCGUUCUAGGUUCAUCUAUCUCCAACUCUUCUACCAACCUGCGCACCAAGUCAAACCGCCUCAGUCAAAACAACAACAACUUGCCCAAUGUAAGGUCAGCAACUAUCACUCGCCUGCCAUCAAUUCCAGACCGGACAGGCUUUCAACAGCGCUACAACCGAGUUGAAACAGAUGAACCUUUGCCGCCCAACUGGGAAGCUCGGCUUGAUGCACAUGGACGCUUGUUCUACAUUGAUCACUCAAAUCGAACCACCACAUGGGCUCGACCUAGCUUUAAGCCACAAGCUGGCAGUAGUAGCGGCAGUAGACCAUCCAUUGCAAGCAAUGCACACCCAUCAGCUACUACUUCAGCAUCAGUUCAGCCAAAAGAAAACUCUUCCGGCCAGGGAACUUCAAAUGCUUAUAGCAACAUAUUAGCUCAUCACUCUGCGGCACAGUCAACUCUUGGAACAGCAGCAGAUAACGGUAGUGCCUCCAGCAUGGCCAUGGCUACCGCAAUGUACCUCUCUAACGCCGAGAACAUUCACCGGCAACAGCUAGACCGUCGAUAUCAGUCUAUUCGUCGGUCAAUCACUGGCAGAGGUACACGAGAUUUCGCCAAUAAUACCGGUUCACUGUACGGUUCCGUUGUCUCUUCCGGUCGUUCCGGUGUGACAGUCGGUUGGGAGUCUAAACGAGACGGGCAAAAUAAGCUGUUUUUCAUUGAUCACACCACUCGUACAACUACUUACAUUGAUCCUCGACUACCUCUGGACAUACCUGCAGUGAAUCCCCACCAAAUCUCAAUUGUGCCAAUAAGACGAAGAGGUCGCGGUUCUAGCAGUAACACAAACGCCAAGGGUGCUCCUGUUCUAGUGCCAACAAAUGUGAUAAACCCCUCUACUGGUGCUACAGUGAAUCAGGGACACGCCGCAGGUCAAGUUGAGUCAGCCGGUGCUGUCAUCUCUAACCCGUUGCCCGUUCCCCCGCCUCGCCCACUUGCUGCCAGUCCCGUUCCCGGUGCCGGUCCAUCAACGUCGUCCCCCUCAGUAGCCAGUACAUCCUCAGCAAUGCCGUCCACCAGUGAGGCAGCAGUGUUCUUUGAGUCAGCCGUGCCCACUGCCUACAAUGACAAAGUGGUGGCCUUUUUACAGCAACCAAACAUUAUUGACAUUCUCUCUGAGCGAAAGUCGUCAAUCAAGAACAAUACUUCGCUUCGUGAUCGCAUCUUUUCCAUUCGUUCGGAUGGAGUUGAAGCACUGCACAGGUUCAGCAAUGACAUGGAACUGAUAAUGCUUCUGUCACUGUUUGAAAACGAAAUCAUGUCCUACGUUCCACCGUCUGUUGCCACCCCCUUUAAUGUGGCAAACAUUUCAUCUCAGCGAUCUCAGAGCACUUCUUCGUCCUUUUCAUUUUCUGUUCUUUCAAUGUCUGUGCCCACUACGCGAACUGCUGGGUCUCAUCUUCGACGCGAUUUUGACGCCAAGCUACGUAACUUCUACCGAAAGAUUGAAAAGAAUGGCUAUGGUCAAGGACCCGGAAAGCUGAAACUGAUUGUUCGUCGUGACAAUCUUCUAGCAGAUGCAUUUAACAAGAUUAUGUCUAUUAGUACGAAAAAAGAACUGCAAAAAUCGCGUUUGUACAUAAGUUUUCUCGGCGAAGAAGGCCUCGAUUACGGUGGUCCGUCACGUGAAUUUUUCUUUCUUUUGAGCAGAGAACUUUUUAAUCCUUACUAUGCCUUAUUUGAGUACUCGGCAAACGACCAGUACACGGUGCAAAUUUCACCAAUGUCUGCCUGUAUCGACGACCACCUGGAGUGGUUCCGCUUCUCAGGACGUGUUCUGGGGCUGGCUCUCAUUCAUCAGUACCUGUUGGAUGUCUUCUUUACCCGUCCCUUCUACAAAGCUCUCCUUAAAUCUGACUGUGAUCUUUCCGACCUCGAAUCGCUUGAUGCUGGCUUUCAUCAAUCUCUAAUGUGGAUCAAGGAAAAUGAUAUUUCAGAAACUGCAGAAGCCCUAGACCUCACAUUUUCUGUCACCGAGGAAACACUAAAGGACGGAGUUAUUGAAAAGGAACUCAAACCCGGUGGUAGAAACAUUUCACUAACUGAGCGCAACAAAAAGGAAUACAUUGAGCGGAUGAUCCGCUGGCGUGUUGAAAGAGGCGUCGCUGAGCAGAGUCAGGCUUUACUGAAAGGCUUCAAUGAAGUGGUGGAACCACGAUUUUUGGCAGCUUUUGACGCCCGAGAACUCGAAUUGGUUAUUGCCGGCACUGCGGAGAUUGACGUACAGGAUUGGCGAAAAAACACCGAAUACCGAUCUGGCUAUCACGAUGGGCACCCUGUGAUUCAGUGGUACUGGGCGGCUAUCGAACACCGCUUUGAUAAUGAACAACGUUUACGGUUGCUUCAAUUUGUCACAGGCACAAGCUCAAUACCAUACGAAGGCUUUGCUGCACUUCGAGGUUCGAACGGGCCUCGCAAAUUUUGCAUUGAAAAGUGGGGAAAGCCAACGAGUCUUCCACGAGCACACACAUGUUUUAACCGACUUGACUUACCACCGUAUACAUCGUUUGAAAAUCUUUACGAGAAACUGUUGCUUGCUGUUGAAGAGUCGUCAACAUUUGGUAUUGAAUAA